GUUAUUAUAAUUACUAAAGUCGCCAUGCAAUCAUACAAGAAAAUUAUAACAUAAUAUACCCUGUACUGUAUCACAGGUACCAAAGACGGCCGAUCAAUGGAAAGCUGUAUCUAUGCUGUUUAAAGAAAAAUGGAAUUUUGACAACUGCCUUGGUGCCUUAGAUGGGAAGCAUGUUGUCAUAAAACCACCCCCUUCAAGUGGCUCAUAUUACUUCAAUUAUAAACAUACAUUCAGCAUUGUUCUCCUUGCAUUAGUUGAUGCCGAUUAUAAGUUUACAUACAUUGAUAUUGGAACCAAUGGAAGAAUCUCAGAUGGUGGUGUUUUCAGAAAUUCGGCUUUGGCACAAGCAUUACAGUAUGGUGAAUUAAAUCUCCCUGACCCAGCUCCACUGCCAAACAGAACAAUGAAGGUGCCCUAUGUCAUUGUAGCAGAUGAUGCCUUUCCACUUUCCCAAAACAUCAUGAAGCCGUUUGCUCUAAGAAGCCUGACUAAAGAUCAGAGGAUCUUCAAUUAUCGACUUAGUCGUGCUCGCCGUAUUGUAGAAAAUGCUUUCGGAAUCUUGGCAAAUAGGUUCAGAAUAUUCAUGAAACCUAUUGAACUGUCAACACAUAAUGUUGAAAACAUAGUAAUGGCUGCAUGCUCGUUGCAUAAUUUUCUUCGCUCAAAAAGCGAAGGCCAAAAUGUUUACACACCACUUGGCCUAGUUGAUAUUGAAGACCAAGACACACAUGAAAUUUUUCCUGGUCAGUGGAGGUUACAGCCCACCCCAGAGGGUCUAAUUCCACUAGCACACCAAGGUAGCAACAGGUGUACAGAUUCUGCAACAAAAAUCCGACAAGAAUUCUGUGAUUACUUCAACUCGGCAGAUGGUGAAGUACCUUGGCAGUGGAAUAAACUGUAGCAUUGUUAUGAGAUUUACCAGCAGUAUCUAAGAAUAUGUUGUUGGGUUAAUAUUUAUAUUUUGAACAUAGCUAUGUUGGACGUCUGUAUUAUUGCAUGUAACUUCUGCAAAUAUGUAAAUAUUUUAAGUGCAUAAUAUAUGUAAUCCUUUCGGCAAAUACAAUUAACUGAUUUUUCCAUGCUUUGUACUUACAUCUAAA